AUGACGACGGAGGAGAUGUUGACUCGGAUCAUAGCGAAGCUGGAGGAGACGAAUGCUCUGUUGCGUAGCUGCGCUGAGCAACCGACGCCUUCGUCGCCUCCCUCCACCACCAUCCACCCAGCCGACACCGAGGAACGAGAGGCGGCGACGAUCUCCUCGGCGCUCACCAUUUCUCCGACCUCGGCACCACCGCAGGACGCGAAUCACGGCUUCCAGUUUGGCGUCACCAAGCUCUUCACCGCCGGCGCCGGCUCCUCCUCUCCGUGCUCUGCCUCCUCGCCCUGCUCCGCAUCGCCGAGAUCCGCACGCGUCGCGGCCUCCGAGUACUCCCUCGCCAUCUCCGACUCGGAGACCGAGGCCGAGCCUGCCGCCACCUCGCUUGUCCCCGGAUCCGCACCCACCGACGUCUCCUGCCUCGUCACCAGCGUCCACCGCGGGGACCCCAACCAGCGCCGCCAUUCCGUGCGCCGCCACUUCUGCGACUUCGUCACGCUCGCUGACCGCCUCAACAGCCAGCUCCAGGGCACGCAGGCCAUGGUCAUGACGCUCUUCGGGGUCAUGCCGCCCGUGCCCACCCACAUCCUCGCCAAGGUGCCCCCGCAGAAGGAGGCGUUGUUCCAUCACCUGGGAGUCACCGAGCUCCUGGCCACCUCGCCCACCAGGUGCUCGACGCUAGCUCCCUACCAGGCUGCCUGUAUUCCAGUGUCCAUAGUACCAUCCUCGGCACCGUCAACAGCUUUCCCUGCCUCUACACUGCCCCAAGAGAUCGUGCUCGCCAUCCCCAUCGUGGCCACUAUGACUGCAACCAUGACUGAUUCAUCACUUGACAUCGACGAGUAUGAGUCCUGCAUUUCUAGUGAGAGCUAUCUUAGCCCUAACAGUUUGCAGGUUCGAUGUGCUGCUCCUCGCCACAAGGCUGCAGACCAUGCCAAGCUUAGCCAUGAUGCUGAUAAGGAAGCUGAUAAGAUCCUGCAGGACAGUGACAGCAUCAGGAAUGGUCGCGAAUAUCCAGAACAAGCUCAAGCUCCAUGCUCAUUACGUGCUUGUGUGAAUGCCCACAUGGACGACGACCGGUCGAAGGAGUGGCAACCAUCUAUGCCACCACCUGUGCUUCUAAAGAUGGCAUCCAGUGGUACUAAUCUGCAGCUGUUACCAUGUCUAUUCAUUGUCUGCACUAGAGCCGAAGCAAAGCAAUCCAAAAUUUUGCUGGUGCUUAUGUUUGGCAUUUGCUAUGUUGAAUUGCCUAUUGUGCACUCCAAUUUUCAGUCAUAUAUAUUGGUGUUUGAGGUGCUGCCAGGAAAGCCAGUAGCACUGCCUUUUAUCUGUAGAAAUGGUGGCAAGUUUCUGUUACAACCAUGGCUAUCUCAACUUGUCAUUGUUAAUGCUGAGCAUCAUCAGUUAGAGCUAAAAUCACAAAGGAGGAUUGAUGGGCAAUUAGUACAAAUCAGGAACUGGGAAGUGAAGCUAGAAGAGGGAAACAACAAACUGAAUAUAUUCCUACAUGGCACAGACAUGGAUUUUCACCUAAGCAGCAAUACUGAUGCUCUCAAACUGAACUUGCAGCAUCUGAAAUUUUCUUGGCCACCACAUGCUCUGUCCCAAACCUUGGAUAUGUCUCUAACUACCACCAGUAUAUAUGGAAUACUAUUGUUGACAAGUCAUCAGAGGAACUCUAGAAUACUGAUGCUGCAAUCAAAUGCAGAUUCUAUAUACUCUCACAAGGAAGCGAAUUGGAAACUGAAUUUGUUAGCCGAAAACUUGAGCUGUGUCCAGAUUGGCAUUAUUGUGUUUGUAGCUGGUGACCAGUGCAGAAGUAGUGGAGAAGAGCUGCAGCCAAGACCAUUGCCAUCUUUCAAGUUCAGUCAGUACGUUAAAGGAGACUCUGAAUUGGUGACCCAUGCAUCACUAAUGGUUUGGUGCUGCCAAAGCGGAUUACAAUGGAUACAUAAAUGGCCACGACCACCACAAAAGUAUUUUAAGAACUAUCAGCAUACUGUUCUACACUUGGGCUGCAAGCAGUUGUUCACGAGAGAAAAAUGGAAGAGCUCUGUCGUUGCAAACUAUGAUUACAAAGAGCUAGUGCAAUUGAAACCCCCAUGGCUAUUAUUUGCGUGCGGCAACUGUGUUCACUGUUGUCUUGCCAAGAACCUCAUCACAGACACAGUUAUUUCUAGCAUUGCAUCGGGACCCCUCCUAGAAGUGGUGAAGUUUAAGUCCAGUAAUCUGUUUAUCGGCAAUACAAAAGUAUCAAUGGUUCUUUUGGAAAGUGCUAGGCGCAGAAUAUUGAUCAUUGGUGAAACUGAUAUCCUAGUGAAAAAUCAAGAAGUGUGGUUGCAGCAGAUAUUCAAUGGUGCGCUCUGGACUUGCAUCAUCAAGGUUCAACAGCCCCGUAGCCCAAGGAUGUACAAGAAAGCCCUGGAGGUCGCCAACGACCAUGAUACCAAGGCUAUUGGUGCGAAGAUGGAUUUCUUGAAGAAGGCUCUUGGAUGCUCUGAAUCUGAGGUAGGCAUUGCAGUAUGCAAGAUGCCGUCCCUUCUGUCUACCUCAGUGGGAAAGCUGGGUCGCAUGGUGGAGUUCCGAAAGCUGGAUGUCGGGUUGGAAGCUUGUUACAUAAUCUGCAGGCCGCAACUAUUUAACUACAGCCUGGAGAAGCGGCUGAUCCCCCGGCAUUAA